AUGGAGCUGGGGGAGCACAGCACCCUUGAGAGGGAGGUUGUGCUGCCCUUGUGCAGCAACCAGCAUAUAACGCUGAGGGGGCUGCGCCAGGCCCCCCUGCUGAAGCAGGCUGUGCCCUGGAAGACCACCCCUCUGGGCUGGGAUGCUGUGGGGCAGAGCUGGUCCAUGGGGCUGAGCGGCAGGGGUGAGGAGGCGGAGGACCCCCUGUACCCCCUUGCCUCCCGCACCGCUCACCGCUGCUGGCAGGGGCCCCACAUCCUCUGGGGGGAGCGGGAUCCCCUGCCCCAGCGCUGCUCCCCACCCUCAGCUUACGCCCAGCGCCUGUGGGCGGUGGCCUGGUGGGACCCCCUCGUCCCUGCUGUGUACCUGGGACCCUGCACCCCCUGGGGACCCUUCCUCUGGCGGGAGAGACCCGUCCUGGGGAAGGACCCCUGGGUGCUGGGGGGCAGCUCAGGGUAUGUCCCUGUGUUCUCCUGCCCCCCCAACGCCUGGGACAUCAGCACCUGGAGCCUCCUCUACCACCAGCCUUCCACCUACCAGUAA